AUGGAGCUCAAGGUUAUGGAGUCGGGGCGGGCCGCCCUGCAGCUCCUGUUGCUGCUCCUGCAGCUCCUGCAGCUCCUGUUGCUGCUCCUGCCGCCCACCCCGUGCCGCGCUGCCCCCGAGCCGGGCGGGCAGGCGGUGCCGGACGGAGCCUCCACCUUGACCUUCGUCUUUGACGUGACCGGCUCCAUGUACGACGACCUGGUGCAAGUGAUCGAAGGGGCGUCCAAGAUCCUGGAGACGUCGUUGAAAAGACCCAAGAGGCCGCUGUACAACUUCGCUUUGGUGCCGUUCCACGAUCCAGAAAUUGGUCCGGUGACAAUAACCACUGAUCCCAAGAAAUUUCAAUUUGAACUCAGGGAACUUUAUGUUCAGGGUGGUGGGGACUGUCCAGAGAUGAGCAUCGGGGCAAUAAAGAUUGCUCUAGAAAUUUCUCUUCCUGGUUCUUUCAUCUAUGUAUUUACUGAUGCACGAUCCAAAGACUACAGACUUGCCCAUGAAGUGCUUCAGCUCAUUCAGCAGAAACAAUCACAGGUAGUGUUUGUACUCACUGGAGACUGUGAUGACAGAAAUCACAUUGGCUACAAGGUCUAUGAAGAAAUUGCCUCAACAAGUUCUGGUCAAGUUUUUCACUUGGACAAAAAACAAGUUAAUGAGGUUUUGAAGUGGGUUGAAGAAGCAGUUCAAGCCUCCAAAGUGCAUCUCUUGUCUACAGACCAUUUGACCAUGGCUGUAAAUACUUGGCAGAUCCCUUUUGAUCCAAGUUUGAAAGAGGUUACGGUGUCCUUGAGUGGUCCUUCACCAGCAAUUGAAAUUCAUGAUCCAUUAGGCAAGCAGAUCAGUAAAGGAUCAGGACUGAAUGAAUUGCUCAAUAUCCACAACUCUGCAAAGGUUGUAAAUGUCAAAGAUCCAGAGCCUGGAACAUGGACAAUCAAGACCUCGAGCAGUGGAAGGCACUCGGUUCGGAUCACGGGUCUCAGCACUAUUGACUUUCGAGCUGGGUUUUCUAGGAAGCCAACGUUAGACUUUAAAAAAACAGCCAGCAGGCCAGUGCAAGGAAUUCCUACUUUUGUGCUGCUAAAUACCUCAGGGAUCUUGCUUCCAGCUAGAGUAGACCGACUGGAACUUCUGAGUAUUACAGGAGAACUUCUUAAGACCUUGCCUGUGAAAUACUAUCCUGAGAGAAAGCCCUAUGGACUAUGGAAUAUUUCUGACUUCAUUCCACCAAAUGAAGCCUUUUUUGUUAAAAUAAUGGGCUAUGACAAGGAUGAUUAUCUUUUUCAGAGAGUUUCGAGUGUUUCGUUUUCUAGUAUUACUCCUGAUGCUCCAAAGGUUACAAUGCCCACCAAGACUCCAGGAUAUUACUUACAGCCAGGGUCUGUUCCUUGCCAUGUAGAAAGUCUUGUACCUUUUACUCAACGUUUUACUAAAAAUGGAGUAAAACUAGGAGUGGAUCAGUUCUUCAAAGAAUCAUCCAGUAUGAGUUGGGAAAUUGCCACGGUCUCCUUGUCUGAUGAAGGCUUUUAUGAGUGUUUGGCGACCAGCAGUGCCGGCACCGGGCGCGCGCAGACCUUCCUGGAUGUGUCAGAGCCUCCACCCAUGAUUCAGGUUCCUAACAACGUGACGGUUGUCCCUGGUGAAGGAGCCAUCCUGACCUGCCUAACUUCAAGCACAGUGCGUUACAAUCUCACCUGGCUGAGGAAUGGCAGGGAUGUGAGGGAGAAGGAGCCCCUGCGGAUCAGGGUGAUGAGCAACCUGUCUUUAGAGGUGAAGUCUGUGAAGCUCACGGAUGCUGGCAAGUACAACUGCAUUGCUUCUAAUGAAGGUGGAUCCACUGCGGCCUCAGUCUUCCUUACGGUGCAAGAACCACCCAGGGUUGUCAUUUCCCCUAAGAAUCAGACUUUUACAGAAGGUUCUGAAGUGUCUAUCAGGUGUUCUGCAACAGGGUAUCCAAAGCCAACAGUAGUAUGGACACACAAUGACAUGUUUAUCAUUGGUUCAAGCAGGUACAGAUUGACUCCAGAAGGCACCUUAAUCAUAAGAAAGACAGUUCCAAAAGAUGCAGGAAUUUAUGGUUGCUUGGCAAGUAACUCAGCUGGAACAGAGAAACAGAUAUCCAUCCUUAUCUACAUUGAGGGCCCAACGUUGACUGUAGUUCAAAGUGAAAUUCUGGUUGCUCUGGGAGACACAACUACUAUGGAGUGUAAAACAACUGGAAUCCCGCAUCCCCGAGUUAAAUGGUUUAAAGGUGACCUAGAGUUGAGGGAAUCGCCAUUUCUCAUUAUUGAUACUCAUCGGGGUCUUUUGAAGAUCCAGGAAACACAAGAUCUGGAUGCUGGUGACUAUACCUGUGUGGCUACCAAUGAUGCAGGGAGAGCUUCUGGAAAGAUAACUCUAGAUGUUGGCUCUCCCCCAGUUUUCACGCAGGAGCCCAGCGAUGAGUCUGCAGAUAUUGGGGCAAACAUCACGCUGCCGUGCUACGUGCAGGGGUACCCAGAGCCCAGGGUUAAAUGGAGGAGGUUGAAUGGUGCUUCCCUUUUCUCAAGACCGUUUGCAGUCAGUUCCAUCAGUCAGCUCAGAACAGGAGCUCUGUCCAUUAACAGUUUGUGGGUCAGUGAUGAAGGAACUUACAUCUGUGAGGCUGAGAACCAGUUUGGAAGGAUUCAGUCCCGGCCAGCCACAGUCACAGUGACUGGACUGGUUACACCUCUGAUUGGAAUAAGUCCAGCCACAGCCAAUGUAAUUGAGGGGCAGCAGCUCACUUUGCCCUGUAUUCUGCUUGCUGGGAACCCCAUUCCAGACAGGAGGUGGAUUAAAAACAGUAUGGUGCUGGUCCCCAACCCCUACCUGAACGUCCGCGGUGACGGGAGCCUGCACCUCGAGAGGGUUCGGCUGCAGGAUGGGGGUGACUACACCUGCAUGGCAAGUAAUGUGGCUGGGACAAGCAACAAGACUACUACUGUCAAUGUGUACGUUCUGCCUGUUAUUCAGCAUGGACAGCAGAUAUUCAGCACCAUUGAAGGAAUCCCAGUAACAUUACCAUGCAAAGCAAGUGGAGUUCCCAAGCCAUCUAUUGUCUGGUCCAAGAAAGGAGAAGUGAUUCUUCCCAGCAAUGUGAAAUUUUCAGCAGGGUCUGAUGGAAGUCUGUAUGUAGUUUCACCAGGAGGUGAAGAGACUGGGGAAUAUGUGUGUACUGCCACCAAUGCUGCUGGUUACGCUACACGGAAAGUCCAGCUGACUGUCUAUGUGAAACCUAGAGUAUCCAGGCCUGGAGACCAGCAAGGAAAUGCACAUGAUAAACCCAUAGAGAUCUCAGUAAUUGCAGGGGAAGAUGUCACACUUCCAUGUGAAGUAAAGAGCUUGCCACCCCCCAUAAUUACCUGGGCCAAAGAAAUGCAGCUCAUAUCUCCAUUCUCUCCAAGACACACUUUCCUACCCUCAGGGUCAAUGAAGAUCAGUGAGACACAAGUUUCAGACAGUGGAAUGUAUAUCUGUGUAGCCACAAAUAUUGCUGGGAAUGUGACUCAGUCAGUGAAGCUAAGUGUACAUGUUCCUCCCAAGAUACAGCGUGGGCCUCGAGUCUUGAAAGUCCAAGCUGGUCACAAAGUCGACAUCCCCUGCAGCGCCCAGGGGGUCCCUCCCCCAACAACCACCUGGUUCAAAGGCAGGAGUCCUGUGCCAAUGGAUGGUGGGCAGUUCAUCCACAGCCUGGAUGGAGCUCUCAGCAUCACCAGUGUCCAGCUUCCUGAUGCUGGAAUCUACAAGUGUGUUGCUAGUAAUGCAGUGGGCAGUGACACGUCAGAGAUAACAGUACAAGUUCAAGAGUCUCCUACAAUCGAGGAUCUGGACCCUCCAUACAAUAGUCCCUUUCAAGAAAGAGUGGCAAAUCAACGGGUUGCAUUCCCAUGCCCAGCCAAAGGUAUUCCAAAGCCUGUCAUCAAAUGGCUGCGUAAUGGAAGAGAGUUGACAGGCAGUGAAGCAGGGAUUUCCAUUCUGGAAGAUGGGACACUGCUGAUCAUAGCUUCUGUUUCUCCUUCUGAUAAUGGAGAGUAUAUCUGUGUGGCCAGCAAUGAAGUUGGAAGCAUAGAAAGAAAGUACAACCUGAAAGUUAAUGUUCCUCCUGAGAUAAGAGAUCAAGAAAAGGUGACAAAUACAUCUGUAGUUGUCCAUCACCCUGUCAGUCUCUUCUGUGAAGUAUCUGGUAACCCUUUCCCAGUCAUCUCCUGGUAUAAAGAAGAUAUCCAGGUUGUGGAAAGCAGUACUCUCCAGAUUUUGCACAAUGGGAAGAUUCUGAAGCUCCUUAAAGCUGCUACUGAUGAUGCUGGACAAUAUUCAUGCAAAACCAUCAAUGUAGCAGGAAGUUCUGAGAAGCUGUUCAACCUAGAUGUACUAGUUCCACCAAGUAUCAUAGGUGCUGAUAGCCCUGGUGAAAUGGCAGUCAUCCUCAACCAGGAAAUCAGUCUGGAAUGCAGAGCCAAAGGCUUCCCUUUUCCUGACAUUCACUGGUUCAAAGAUGGCAAGCCCCUGUUUUUGGGGGAUCCCAAUGUUGAGCUUCUGGACAGAGGUCAAGUUCUACACAUCAGGAACGCUCGAAGGGUUGACAAAGGUCGUUACCAAUGCAGUGCCACCAACACUGCUGGCAAACAAGUGAAGGAGGUCAAGGUGGUAAUCCAUGUCCCUCCUAGUAUCAAGGGAGGGAAUAUCACCACAGAGGUGUCGGUGCUUCUUAACAAUCUUAUCAAUUUGGAGUGUGAGACCAAGGGAACCCCUGCUCCUACCAUUACGUGGUACAAGGAGGGACGCCCCAUUAUUUCCAGCCCUCAAGCUCAGUAUGUGGACAGAGGGCAAUUCCUGCAGAUCCCCCGGGCCCAAGUGUCAGACUCUGCAAAGUUCACCUGCCGUGUGACCAGUGCUGCUGGAGCUGCUGAAAAAAAAUAUGAUGUGAAUGUCUAUGUUCCUCCUGUAAUUGAGGGUGAUGCUGACACAGCCCAGAACAGGCAGGUAGUUGCUGGCAAUUCACUGACAUUGGAGUGCAAAGCUGCUGGCAACCCUCCACCUCUCCUUACCUGGCUAAAAGAUGGUGUGCCUGUGAAAGCAAGUGACAACCUGCACAUUGUGUCUGGUGGGAAGAAGCUGGAGAUCCUGAAUGCUGUUGAGGCUGACCAGGGCCAGUAUUUGUGUGUGGCCACAAGCAUAGCUGGAGAACAAGAAAUCAAAUAUGAAGUUGAAAUCUUAGUCCCACCAUUUGUGGAAGGUGGGGAUGAGCUCUUGGAUUACAUUGUGAUUCUCCAUAGCCCUUUGGAGCUGGAUUGUUCAGCAACAGGGACACCCUCACCAACUAUCACGUGGUUGAAAGAUGGUCAACCAAUUGAAGAGGGAGCUGGACAUAAGAUCUUAUCAAAUGGACAGAAACUUCUCAUCUCUCGAGCCCAAGUGUCAGACACUGGCCGCUAUAAAUGUGUGGCUGCAAAUAAGGCAGGAGAACAUGGAAGGGAAUUUGAUGUUACCGUGCAUGUUCCUCCAACCAUCAAAUCAUCUGGGACUUCUGAGAGAGCUGUGGUGAUAUACAAACCUGUGACUCUACAGUGCAUAGCCAAUGGCAUUCCAAGCCCUUCCAUAACUUGGUUAAAAGAUGGUCAACCAAUAAAUACAGCCAGAGGAAAUAUAAGACUGGAGUCUUCAGGCCGUAUUCUGCAAGUUGUCAAGGCCCUGCUGGAAGAUGCUGGUCGAUACACUUGUGUGGCAACAAAUGCUGCAGGAGAAGCCCAGCAGCACGUCCGGCUUCACGUGCACGAACCACCCAGUCUGGAAGAUGCAGGGAAAAUGUUAAAUGAAACAGUGGUGGUGAAUAAUCCAAUCCAUCUUGAAUGCAGAGCAUCUGGGAACCCCUUGCCAGCCAUCACCUGGUAUAAAGACAACCGCCCAGUUGCCGCUGCCGCCGGCGCCUCCUUCCUGCAGAGGGGACAGGUCCUGCAGAUUGAGGGGGCUCAGGUCUCAGACACCGGCCUCUAUAGGUGUGUGGCUGUCAACACAGCAGGCACAGCUGAGUUGUUUUACAGUCUUCAGGUUCAUGUGCCACCAUCAAUCUCUGGCAACAGUGACAUGGUGACAGUGGUGGUCAAUAACCUGGUGCGACUGGAGUGUGAAGCCAGAGGCAUCCCUGCACCUAUUCUGACUUGGCUAAAAGAUGGUAGCCCUGUUUCCAGCUUUAGUGACGGGCUCCAGGUUCUGUCUGGGGGCCGAGUCCUGGCACUGACCAGUGCUCAGAUCAGUGACACAGGGAAAUACACUUGUGUUGCAGUCAAUGCUGCGGGCGAGAGCCAGAGAGACGUUGAUCUCAGGGUUUAUGUUCCACCAGACAUCAUGGGGGAGGAGCAGAAUGUCUCUGUGCUCAUGGGCCGAGCAGUGGAGCUGCUCUGCCAGGGCAACGCUGUCCCCCCACCCGUGCUGAUGUGGCUCAAGGACGGGCGGCCCUUGCUGAAGAAGCCAGGUCUCAGCAUCUCUGAAGAUGGAAGCCUACUGAAGAUUGAAGGCGCUCAAGUACAGGACACUGGUCGUUACACUUGUGAAGCUACAAAUGUUGCUGGGAAAACGGAAAAGAACUAUAAUGUCAAUAUUUGGGUGUCACCAAGUAUUUAUGGCUCAGAUGACACCUCUCAACUGACAGUGAUUGAAGGGAGCUUGAUAAGCCUGAUAUGUGAGUCCAGUGGCAUCCCACCACCCAGUCUCACCUGGAAAAAGAAUGGCUCUCCACUGGUGGCUGACCUUUCAGGAAGGGUGCGGAUCUUGUCCGGAGGCAGACAGCUACAGAUUUCAAUUGCUGAAAAGUCUGAUGCUGCAUCUUACUCUUGUGUUGCCUCAAAUGUAGCUGGAAGUGCAAAGAAGGAAUACAGCUUGCAAGUAUACAUUCGACCGACUAUACUGAACAGCGGCAGCCACCCGUCAGAAGUGGUGGUCACCCAGGGAAGUGAGAUCUCCCUGGAGUGCCAGGCCCAGGGCACUCCCCAGCCAGCAGUGUCCUGGCUGAGGGACGGGCGCGCGCUGCCGGGGAGCGGGGACAUCGCCCUGCGCCACCAGGGCCGCGUCCUGCACCUGCGGAACGCCCGGGUGUCCGACACCGGCCGCUACGUCUGCGUGGCUGCCAACGUGGCAGGGCUGGCUGACAUGAAAUACGAUUUAAGUGUUCAUGUUCCCCCAAGUAUUGCUGGUGACCUGCAGAUGCCUGAAAACAUCAGCAUUGUGGAGAAGAAUCCUGUCUCCCUGAUCUGUGAAGCUUCAGGAAUUCCCCUGCCAUCAAUAACGUGGCUCAGGAAUGGAUGGCCCGUCACUUCCAACAGCUCACUGCGAAUCCUCUCAGGAGGCAGAGCGCUCCGCCUGACGCACACGCGCGUGGCGGAUGAAGGUCGGUACACCUGCGUGGUCACCAAUGCUGCAGGAGAAGUGAGGAAGGAUUUUGACCUUUCUGUUCUAGUGCCUCCAGGGAUUGUGGGUGAAAAUAAACUGGAAGAUGUGAAAGUGAAAGAGAAGCACCGGGUUACCUUAACAUGUGAAAUGACAGGGAACCCUGUACCUCAGAUCUCCUGGAUGAAGGAUGGCCAAGCUCUGGCUGAGGAUGGAGAUCACAAGUUUCUCUCCAGUGGGCGUUUCCUGCAAAUCACCAACGCUCAAGUCACUGACACAGGGAGAUACACGUGUAUUGCAUCCAAUACAGCUGGAGAUAAAAGCAAAAGUUACAGUCUUAAUGUGCUUGUGUCUCCAACCAUUGUGGGUGCAGACAGCCAGGGAAAGGCAGAAGAUGUCACUGUAAUCCUCAACAGCCCAACAUCCUUGGUGUGUGAGGCUUACUCAUACCCUCCAGCUACAAUCACCUGGCUGAAAGAUGGUAAUCUUUUAGAGUCAAACAGCAACAUCCGCAUUUUGCCAGGUGGUCGAACUCUGCAGAUUCUGAACGCGCAGGAGGACAAUGCUGGCAGAUACACCUGUAUAGCCACAAAUGAGGCUGGGGAAACUUUGAAACACUAUGAAGUGAAAGUCUACAUUCCACCCACCAUUAAGAAAGGGGGUAUCUCAGGGAUGGGUCUGUCCCCUAAGGAAGUGAAGAUCAAAGUAAACCACAGCCUUACCCUGGAGUGUGAAGCCCACGCCGUUCCUGCUGCUGCCAUCAGCUGGUACAAGGAUGGACAGCCCCUCAGCCCUGAUGAGCAUGUCCUUGUCCAAGCUGGUGGCCGAGCUCUGCAGAUUAAGGAGGCCCAAGUGUCAGACACCGGUCGCUACAGUUGUCUGGCAUCCAACAUUGCUGGAGAGGAUGAACUGGAAUUUGAUGUAAAUAUACAAGUUCCUCCUAUUUUCCAAAAGCCUUACAAGGAAUGGGAAGCUGGUAACACAGUGGAUGCAGGGAGAGCUGGAGAAAGCAAAGAUGUGAUUGUGAACAAUCCCCUUUCUCUGUACUGUGAGACCAAUGCUGUUCCUCCUCCAGUUCUUACGUGGUAUAAAGAUGGCUUUCCCCUGAGCUCUAGUGAUAAAGUACUCAUAUUACCAGGAGGCAGAGUGUUGCAGAUCCCGCGGGCACAGGCUGAAGAUGCUGGGAGGUACAUGUGUGUGGCAGUCAACGAAGCCGGGGAGGAUUCCAUUCAGUACGACGUCCGUGUGCUCUUGCCACCAUCCAUCAGUGGAGCUGAUGGUGACCAGCCUGAAGAAGUGACUGUGCUUGUGAACAAGGUUGCAGUGAUGGAGUGUGUUGUGAGUGGCAGCCCUUCUCCCAGGAUUGCCUGGCACAAGGAUGGCCACCUCCUAGCAGAAGAUGACAAGCACACAUUUUUGUCCAGUGGAAGGAGGUUACAGAUUUUGAAUUCCCAAAUAACAGAUACUGGCAGGUAUGUCUGCAUUGUGGAGAACAUAGCUGGAAGUGCCAAAAAGUAUUUUAAUCUAAAUGUUCAUGUUCCGCCAAGCGUUGUUGGUGCUAAUCCUGAGAAUCUGACUGUGGUAGUGAAUAAUUUCAUCUCUCUGACUUGUGAGGUCACUGGCUUCCCACCUCCUGAUCUCAGCUGGCUCAAGAAUGGCAAACCUAUCAGUUCAAAUACCAACACUUUUAUUGUGCCUGGUGCUCGGACGCUGCAGAUUCCCCGAGCCAAACUACCAGAUGAGGGUGAAUACACCUGUAUUGCCAGGAACCAAGCUGGGGAAAGUCAGAAGAAAAGUUUCCUGAAUGUCCUUGUGCCCCCAAGCAUCAAAGACCCCAGUGGGAGCUCUCUGGUGGUGCUGAACGUGCGCGUGGGCAGCCUGGUGGUGCUGGAGUGUGAAUCCAACGCUGUUCCCCCGCCCAUCAUCACCUGGUACAAGAACAGGCGCAUGAUCUCGGAGUCGGCGCGUCUGGAGGUCUUAGCAGAUGGGCAGACCUUGCAAAUCAAGGGUGCAGAGGUUUCUGACACGGGCCAGUAUGUGUGCAAAGCCAUUAAUAUUGCAGGGAGAGAUGAUAAAAAUUUCCAUCUUAAUGUUUAUGUGCCCCCAGAUAUAGAAGGCCCCGAAGAAGAGCUGGUCAAUGAAACUGUCAGCAAUCCUGUCACCUUUGUGUGUGAUGCUACUGGGAUUCCUCCCCCAACAUUAGUGUGGCUUAAGAAUGGAAAACCAAUAGAAAACUCUGAUUCUCUUGAAGUUCACAUUUUGUCUGGUGGAAGCAAGCUCCAGAUUGCUCGCUCUCGGCUUCUAGACAGUGGGACCUACACGUGUAUUGCCUCAAAUAUUGAGGGAAAAGCUCAGAAAAGUUAUAAGCUUUCUAUCCAAGUUCCUCCUAGUAUUGUUGGCUCUGAAAUGCCUAGUGAGGUCAGUGUCCUCCUGGGGGAGAGCAUCCAGCUUGUCUGCCACGCCGACGGAGUGCCCACGCCUCGUCUGCAGUGGCUCAAAGAUGGAAAGCCAGUUGCCAGUGAUGAUUUACAAAGAAUAAGAGUAACUCCAGAUGGCAGCACAUUAAACAUUUUCAGAGCUCUCAGUUCUGAUACAGGAAAAUACACUUGUGUGGCUACUAACCCUGCAGGAGAGGAAGACAGAAUUUUCAACUUGAAUGUAUAUGUUCCUCCAGCAAUAGCCAAUCAUAAAGAUGAACCAGAGGACCUCACUGCCCUUUUGGACACCUCCCUAAAUAUUGAAUGUACUGCUACUGGAACCCCACCACCACAGAUAAACUGGCUAAAGAAUGGCCUUCCUCUGUCUGUCUCCUCCCAAAUCAGGUUGCUGUCAGCUGGGCAAAUUCUCAGGCUUGCCCGAGUACAGAUACCUGACACUGGUCUGUACACUUGUGUAGCAUCUAACAGGGCUGGAGUGGACAACAAACACUACAACCUUCAGGUUUUUGUGCCACCAAGCCUGGAUAAUGCAGGAGGAACAGAGGAGGUGACAGUAGUCAGAGGCACUUCAGCAUCCAUGAAGUGUCUGACUGAUGGCACUCCUGCCCCCACCAUGUCCUGGUUUAAAAACGGGCAGCCUUUAAGCCUCGGAGCUCACCUGACAUCGAGGAACCAAGGAAUGGUCCUUCAUUUUGUAAAGGCAGAGGUCGGCGACACGGGCAAAUACACUUGUGUGGCAUCCAAUGAAGCUGGAGACACCAGCAAGCACUUUGUCCUCAAUGUGCUGGCACCACCUCACAUCAAUGGCUCAGAGCAACCAGAAGAGCUCUCUGUCAUCGUUAACAACCCUCUUGAACUUCUCUGCAUCUCUUCUGGCAUUCCAGUCCCCAGAAUCUCAUGGAUGAAGGACGGGCGCCCACUUCUGGAGAGCGACAAUGUUCAUGUCCUAAGAGAGGGUCUUCAAAUAACCAGUGCCCAGGUGGAGGACACAGGAAGAUACACAUGUUUGGCAUCUAGCCCAGCAGGAGAUGAUGAUAAGGAAUAUUUAGUAAGAGUGCAUGUUCCUCCUAACAUUGCUGGUACCAGUGGCCCACAGGAUGUCACUGUGCUGCAGAACAGACAAGUUCUCCUGGAGUGCAAGUCUGAUGCUGUGCCACCUCCAACAAUCUCAUGGCUUAAAAAUGAAGAACUCCUAGAGGGAAGUCCCCGAGUUCGAAUCCUGUCCAGCGGGCGGUACCUGCAGAUCAACAACGCUGAGCUCAGCGACACAGCGACCUACACCUGCGUGGCCAGCAACGUGGCAGGAAGAGUGACCAGGGAGGUCCUGCUGACUGUACAUGUGGCUCCUACAAUCCGAAGCAGUCCCCAGGCUGCUGUGGUGCAUAUAAAUGCUUCUGCUGUUCUGGAAUGUGCUGCAGAAGGAGUCCCAGCCCCCAGGAUUACGUGGAGGAAGGAUGGGGCUAUUUUUACUGGAAACAACACAAGAUACUCCAUGUUAGAGGAUGGAUCUCUACACAUCCACUCAGCACACGUUACUGACACAGGAAGAUAUGUGUGUAUGGCAACCAAUUCAGCUGGCACUGAACGCAAACGAAUUGAUCUGCAGGUUCUUGUUCCUCCAACUAUUGCUCCUGGACAUACAAAUAUUACAGUUACUGUAAAUGUGCAGACCACUCUGCCUUGUGAAACCACUGGAAUCCCCAGACCAGCAAUUAGCUGGAAGAAGAAUGGGCAUUUGCUUAGUGUUGACCAGAACCAGAAUACAUACAGACUUCUAUCUUCAGGUUCCUUAGUGAUCAUUUCUCCCACUGUGGAUGACACUGCUGUCUACGAGUGCUCUGCAUCAAAUGAUGCAGGAGAAGAUCAAAGAGCAAUUGAACUCACUGUUCAAGUGCCCCCAUCCAUAGCAGAUGAGGCCACAGACCUUUUGGUCACAAAGCUGUCUCCAGUAGUGAUUUCCUGCACCGCAUCUGGGGUUCCUGUCCCCUCUGUUCAUUGGACCAAAAAUGGCAUCAAGCUGCUUCCCAGAGGAGAUGGCUACAGAAUUCUCUCUUCAGGUGCUGUUGAAAUCACAGCGGCGGAGCUGGCGCACGCGGGCCGGUACACCUGCCUGGCCCGCAACGCCGCGGGCACCGCGCACCGGCACGCCACGCUCACCGUGCAGGAACCACCAGUUAUCCAGACUCAGCCAGGGGUGCUGGAUGUCAUUGUGAACAAUCCCAUUCUACUGCCCUGCAAGGCCACGGGCACACCAUGGCCCAUCAUAACAUGGCAAAAGGAGGGCAUCAAUGUCAUCACAGCAGGUGACAGUUACAUGGUCCUUCCAAGUGGCAGUUUACAGAUUGCAAAAUCAACUGUUGAAGAUGCUGGCACUUACAUGUGUAUUGCUCAAAAUCCAGCUGGCACUGCUCUGGGGAAGAUCAGAUUGAAAGUUCAAGUUCCUCCUGUUAUCAAGUCUCACGUCAAGGAAUAUGUUGUUCCUGUUGAUCAGUCUGUCACUCUGCAGUGUGAGGCUGAGGGCUACCCUGCUCCAGAAGUCAGUUGGCACAAAGAUGGACAGCAAAUAACAGAGUCCAUUAGAAGAAGAGUUCUUAGCACUGGAGGACUGCAGAUCGUGUUUGUGCAGCCCGGCGAUGCUGGCCAGUACACGUGCAUAGCAGCAAACCUGGCUGGGUCCAGCACUGCCAGCGUGGAGCUCACUGUGCACAUUCCACCCAAGAUUCGCGGCACAGAGGCACAGUACGCGGUCACGGAGGACUCCCAGGCUGUUCUGUCCUGUGUGGCUGAGGGGAUUCCAACACCCACAGUUAAAUGGAAGAAGGACAAUACCCUGUUAACAGAGAAAGGAGGAAAAUACCAGGCUAUGCCAGAUGGACAUCUCGUUUUGGACAGUGUUGUUCCUGAAGAUUCUGGCAGUUACACCUGUAUUGCCAGCAAUGCUGCUGGGGAAGACACCCACACCAUCACCCUGGUAGUUCAUGUGCUUCCAGCUUUUACUGAGCUGCCUGGAGAUGUAGCUUUGACUAAAGGAGAGCAGCUCAAACUGACUUGCAAAGCAACAGGGAUACCUGUGCCCAAAAUAACAUGGACCUUUAACAAUAACAUCAUUCCAGUGCAAUAUGAUGAUGUCAAUGGACACAGUGAACUUGUUAUCGAAAGAGUAUCUAAAGAUGACUCUGGUACCUAUGUAUGCACAGCAGAAAACACAGUUGGCUCAAUCAAAGCUAUUGGUUUUGUGUACGUCAAAGAACCUCCAGUCUUCAAAGGGGAUUACCACUCUAGCCGGAUUGAGCCCUUGGGUGGCAAUGCUAUGUUGAAUUGUGAAGUCAGAGGAGAUCCACCUCCAACUAUCCAGUGGAGCAAAAAAGGAGUUGGUGUUCAGAGUAACAGCAGGAUCCGACAGCUCAACAACGGUUCUCUUGCUAUCUAUGGCACUGUGAAUGAAGAUGCUGGUGACUACAAGUGUGUGGCUACCAACGAUGCUGGCGUGGUGGAACGCAGCCUGACACUGACACUGCAGAGUCCUCCAGUCAUUACUGUUGAACCUGUGGAGACAGUGAUUGAAGCUGGUGCCACAGCAGUGCUGAACUGCCAGGCACAUGGAGAGCCCCUUCCAACCAUCAAGUGGUCCCGCCAGGGUCUCCCAGUUGUGGGUGACGAGCGAGUGACCAUCCUGUCCAACGGCUCCUUGCGCCUCGUGGCGGCACAGAAGGAAGACACGUCUGAGUACGAGUGCGUGGCGAGGAACCUGCUGGGAUCUGUUCUUGUCAGGGUGCCUCUGACUGUCCAGGUGCACGGUGGGUUUUCUGACUGGCUGGAAUGGCGGGCGUGCAGCGUCACCUGUGGGCAAGGUGUUCAGGAGCGCGUCCGGCAGUGCAACAACCCGCUGCCGGCCAACGGCGGGAGGAGCUGCGAGGGGCCGGAGACGGACAUGAGGAGCUGCCACAACCAGCCCUGCCCAGUGGAUGGCAACUGGUCGGAGUGGGGGUUAUGGGAGGAAUGUUCCAAGAGCUGUGGACAAGGCAACAGGACCCGAAGCAGGAGCUGCAGCAACCCCCCCGCCCAGCACGGCGGGAAGCCCUGUGAUGGCAGCCCUGUGGACUCCAUCAUGUGUAAUAUCAGGCCUUGCCCAGUGGAUGGGGAGUGGAGCUCCUGGCUGCCCUGGGGCCCGUGCAGCGAGACCUGCGGGAAGGGCACCCAGAGCCGGGCGCGGCUCUGCAACAACCCGGCUCCGUCCCACCACGGCUCCCCCUGCCCCGGCUUGGAUGCCCAGGUGCAGGUUUGCAGCAACAGGGACUGCCCAGUGGAUGGGAAAUGGGCCGCGUGGAGCAGCUGGAGCUCCUGCUCCGUGUCCUGCGGAGGAGGCAGCAGGCAGAGAACGCGCCAGUGCUCAGACCCAGCCCCGCAGUUCGGGGGUCACAAGUGCGAAGGAAACGACAUGCAGGUGGAUUUCUGCAACAGCGAUCCCUGCCCCGUUCAUGGCAGCUGGGGCCCCUGGAGCAGCUGGGGAACCUGCAGCCGGACGUGCAACGGGGGCCAGACGAGGCGGUACCGGGCGUGUGACAACCCGCGCCCCGCCAGCGGCGGCAGGGCCUGCGCGGGGCCCGACAUGCAGACCCAGCGCUGCAGCCCCGAGCCCUGCCCCGUGGAUGGGAACUGGGGGCAGUGGCAAACCUGGAGCCCCUGCUCUGCUUCCUGUGGAGGAGGAGAGCAGACCCGGAGGCGCUUGUGCAGCAACCCAGCCCCCCUGAACCGCGGGCGUCCUUGUCCUGGGGACUCCUCCCAGAUAUCCAGGUGUAACACCCAAGCGUGUCCUGGUGGGCCAGCCCGUGCCAAAGGCAGCAUCAUUGGAAACAUCAACGAUAUUGAAUUUGGAAUUGCCUUCCUGAAUGUCACAGUAACAGACAGUCCUGACUCUGAAACUAGAGUGAUACAAGCAAAGGUUACAAAUGUCCCCCGGAGCCUUGGUCCAGCGAUGAGGAAGCUGGUUUCCAUACUCAGCCCAGUUUACUGGACAACUGCAAAGGAAAUUGGGGAGGCAAUGAAUGGUUUUACACUCACUGAUGGGGUCUUCAAGAGAGAAACUCAAGUGGAGUUUGCAACGGGUGAGAUCCUGCGAAUGACGCACGUUGCCCGGGGCCUGGAUUCAGACGGGGCGUUGCUGCUGGAUGUUGUUGUGAGUGGCCACGUGCUGCAGCUCCAGGCAGCAGCUGAUGUUGAUGUGAAGGAUUACACAGAGGACUAUAUUCAGACUGGCCCUGGGCAACUCUAUGCCCAUUCAAGAAAGAUGCCUUUCUUGGUGGAAACACUCCACACUUCCUCUAUCACAACAGAGUACAACCCUCUGGAAGAAGCUGUGGCUUUUAAAAUCCAUGCUUCCAUUGCAAAAGGAGAUCGCAGCAAUCAAUGUCCUGAUGGGUUUGGUUUGGACUCAACUGGGCCUUACUGCUCAGAUGAAGAUGAAUGUGCUCUGCGAAAUCCUUGUUCCCAUACCUGUCACAACACCAUGGGAUCUUACUACUGCUCCUGUCCAAAAGGCCUCACCAUCUCUGCAGAUGGUAGAACGUGUCAGGAUAUUGAUGAGUGUGCCUUAGGUGGACACACCUGCCACGCUGGCCAGGACUGUGAGAACAUCAUUGGCUCGUACCGCUGUGUGGUGAGAUGUGGGAGUGGCUUCAGGAGAACAGCUGAUGGAUUUAGCUGCCAAGAUGUGAACGAGUGUCAAGAGUCCAACUCCUGCCAUCAGCGCUGCUUCAACACCAUCGGCAGCUUCCACUGUGGGUGUGAGCCAGGAUUCCAGCUGAAGGGCAGGAAAUGCGUGGAUGUGAAUGAGUGCAGGCAGAAUGUAUGCAGGCCUGAUCAGCUUUGCAAAAACACCCGUGGUGGCUAUAAGUGCAUUGAUCUGUGUCCCAGUGGAAUGACCAAAGCAGAAAAUGGAACGUGUAUUGACGUCGAUGAGUGCCGGGACGGGACCCACCAGUGCCGCUACAACCAGCUGUGUGAGAACACCCGAGGCAGUUACCGCUGCGCGUGUCCCCGGGGACACCGCUCCCAGGGCGUCGGCAGGCCUUGUGUGGACAUAGAUGAGUGUGAAACCAGAGAUACCUGCCAGCACGAAUGCAGAAACACCCUGGGAAGUUACCAGUGCACUUGUCCAUCUGGUUACCGCCUGAUGCCCAAUGGCAAAACCUGCCAAGAUAUUGAUGAAUGCCUCGAGCAAAACAUUAAUUGUGGACCAAAUCAGAUGUGUUUCAACAUGAGGGGAAGCUACCAGUGCAUCGACACACCUUGUCCACCCAACUACCAGCGAGAGCCUCUGUCAGGGUUCUGCCUGAAAAACUGCCCGGCCAAUGACCUGGAGUGUGACCUGAGCACCUACGCCUUGGAAUACAAGCUCCUCUCCCUGCCCUUCGGCAUAGCUGCCGGCCAGGAUCUCAUCCGCCUGGUUGCCUACACCCACGACCAAGUCAUGCACCCAAGAACAACGUUCUUGAUGGCAGAGGAGGACCCAGCAGUGCCCUUUGCCCUGAGAGAUGAGAACCUGAAGGGCGUUGUGUUCACCCGGCGGGCGCUGCGGGAGCCCCAGACGUACCGCAUGGCGGUCAGAGCCCUGUCCUACGGCGCCGACGGCAGCGUUGAGUACCAGACAACUUUCAUCCUUUAUAUCGCCGUGUCAGCCUACCCCUACUGA